AUGGCCCCAGCUAAGCGACAGACUUGGGUCGACGUCUACGAUCCAGAGACGGGCCAUUACCACUCUCAACUGGUGGUUAAAGAUCAAUCAUCUGGCCAAGCUUCUGGCGUAAAUCUACCUAACAAAGUCCAAGAGGAGACAGCAGAUUACAGCGUCAAGCAUCCUCAAGAAAUUGCCAAAGUUGAGGGCAGUCCGCCAAAGCGCGGAGGGCUAUCGCAAAGUCGUUGGGCUCCAAAAAAGAAUGCUAAUGAGACCAAAAGCGUUCAACAGUUUACCGCGCUUACUAGCGUGCAUGAAAGUCAGCAUAAAUCAAAUGCAGUUGCGAAGCAGUUGGACGAUUCAAGCAAGCCCGUCGAUUCUGACGUUGUACAUGAAGUCUCUAAAGCACUCGAAAUCACCACCCUGACAAAUACCGGAAACAAUGUCGUACCAGAGGACCACAAGCCUGCUAAGACGGCGGAGGAUGAAUCUCCACCCAUUAAAAGGUUUUCGUACCUAUCAAAAAAGGCUGAGAAAUACGUCAAGGAUUGGAUUCAGCCAACUCAUGAGAUUACCGUGGACCUUCAUCCAGAAGGGGUUACAAGCCCAGAACGGUGCGAUGUAGACCCCGAAACAGGCCGUCUCAUGGCACCGGUGAUUUCUGCUUCCGAAGUGCAAGGAAUAGUCCAGGAAAAAUCAGUAGAAGCUAAGGAUAAUUCUAAGCCUCUUACAGAAGACUCAUUGCCCGAGGAACCCAAGCCGAAGAGGGAAUAUAGGAGUGAAGAGGAUGUGCCUAGGAAGCGCCUUGAAGUUCUCCUAGUCUACCCUGAAAAACGCUCCAAUCCGCGUGAGAUCAGAGUACCGUGCCACCUCCGGCCGGCCAUGAGAAACGAUAUGAUGCAGGUAGCGGCAUUGUAUAAUGAAGAGGUAGACGCCAGUUAUAAGCUACCGGACAAGCGACAAGUCGGCCAUCACAAGUGGUUCAACAUCUAUGAUGGGUGUAGCACCGAGAAAAUGCCAUUUUUUGUUGCCGUUGAUGGCUGGUACAAUGCCGCCGCCUCAAACGAUGGACCCGUCAUUGCAUUUGCCGUGAUGGACGUCGCUGUAAGAGGCAUCUUUGGCUCUUACAAAACACAUGCGGCGCCCUGUGGGAAGCUCACUGUGGUUGUACAUCCUGAUUACCGUCGUCAGAAUGUAUGCUCAGCAUUACUUGACGCAGUCUUUAGCUGCUGCUCGACAUAUUAUUCAUCGCGAGAGGGGUAUGUGUUUGUGAAUAAAGACAAAGACCCCAGAUAUAUGACUCCGAACUACAAUGUACGCCAAUGGAGUUAUAUCGACAUUGAAGUUGUUGUUCCAAGUGGGUCUUCGAAAAAGGAGGUCGAGCAGAACGAGCGGUUCAAGUGGGUCGCAAAGUACUUGAGCGAAUAUUUCGACAUGUCGAUCGUUUACCACGACGAGAAGCUAUACCGAGAUGAUCGAUACACAAACCUAUGGCUCGACAGAAUUACCUUCAGACACCAAUGCCGGCCCCGAGGAUCUUUGAAUGCAUAAACCCUUGGUCUGCAUGCCAACUCAUCCGGUGUCAAAGGCUAAUAACUAAAAAGCCUGCCUAUCUUUGCUUUGGCUCUUUCGCAUAUGUCGACAAAACACACGAAAAUAAGAACCCACGUCAAGAAAGAAAAGACGUUCUAAUGUAUAAUCCAAUCAUAUGAACUCCAAUUCGGGGCUGACUUUCUUCACGAUUCUAUGCCAAUUGGUAUAUAUAUCAAUUGGUCAGGACAGAUACCUUGAAUUCGAGACAGUCUCCGGCGAGUCAAAGACCUAUUGAUUUAGGUAGUUUUGAUAUGUGCUUUCUCUUAUGGCGUUGACUUUCGACGAGGCAUCUAGCCAUGUUAUUUGCAUGGCAUCAAACUCCUAAGGGAGAGUAAUGAGAAUGAGGACAGGAGAGUUUUCGUGUUGUAUUUUCCAUUUUGUGGUCUAGGGGAGAGAAGACCUUUACCACUGCGCGUUUCAGAAUAUGACCCUGCAAUAGGGGUAACAGGAAAAUGUAUUAAAAAAAAAAAAAAAGAACACCCCCAUGAACUAGCCUAGCCUCACAAUCAGCUAACCUAGUUGAUAGUUGCUUUGCCAGUGUUUAUUCAUG